UGCUCUUUUGGUACGUUAUUUAAUGCAAGUGCAUUGUACUGCAUGCUGGGCACCGAUUCAAUGUAGUGAAAUUAGGUCAAGUUAUCAUUUUGCUUUUGAAACCAUCUUCGCACUAUUGUGUAAAUUCAUUCAUUAUUACGUGAAAAUUGUACCUAGGGUACCUAGCCUAUAUGUAUGUAAACGUACAUUUAAAAUUUAGACAUGGCUCUUUCCAUUGAUGGUCAAGAUCAAAAUAAUGCACUACGUACAGGAGCAUAUACUUUGGAAUUAAUUACGUUUACGUUAAAAUUAUAUGAAAUGUUCUAUAUUAAACAUUUCUGGCAUUCGUGGUAAGAGGGUAUGUGGGUACUUCAGAUUUUCCCUUCAGCAAAUUUUCCCAUCUCACGGCUGAUGCUCACAGUUGCUACGGAGACAUGCUGUGUCCGGAGCCCUUCUUCACAACUUUCGGCACGGCCUCCUAAGCGUGCAGCGUGGUGCUUCAUGGGACAUGCAGUGCGCACACAGUCAUUAUGUAAGCGCUUUUCAGGCUCAUAUUUAUCACCGCAUGACACGUUUUGUUGUGGUUGACAUCAUCACCCGGUCGCCAUUGGCCAAGCCGGGGUCACGUGGUCUGUUUAAAUGUCCCAGCUGGCUCGAGCCGCAGCGACGGCCCGUUUAUCAGCUAAAGAUGGCGGACGGUGAAAACGUCCCGCUCGGCGCCAGCGCCUCGGAUCCCAAUGAGCCCCUCACCAAGAAACCCAAGCUGGGAGCCGCUUUUGGGAACGGGGAUAAAGGCGACCAGGCGGAGCCGGAAUCACGUGUAAAAGAAUGUGGGAAGCUCUGGGCGUCGGCGGCAAUGGCUGCUAAUGCGCGGCCGGAGGAGAGGAAGAAGGAGGCGGCGGCGGCGGGACAGGCCACGGCCGCGUCGGGCGGAGACAAUGGACUGUCGGCUCUGGAGGAGACGCUGGAGAAUGGCGAGGAGGCACCGCUCGAUGGACACGCCAGAGAUAUGAGCGCAGUGUGCGUCGGUCCCGGCGAGGAUGAGCACCCCAAUGGCUUCAGCUUCCACGACCCCGGCGAGGAAGAUGACAGGUCCUCCCACGCAAGCUCCAGUGACUGGACCCCACAGCCGCACUUAGGCUCCUACAGUUUCAUCCAGCAGCACAUCAUGAGGGAGACAGAUCCUCGGACCAUCCUCAGAGAUCUUCUCCCAGAAACGGCACUCCCUCCGGACCUGGACGACAUGACCCUGUGGCAGAUCAUCAUCAACAUCUCCGAACCCCCCAAGAGGAGGAAGCGGAAGGACAUCAACACGCUGGAGGAUGUUCUCAGGCUGCUGCACGAGUCCAAGAAGAUCCUGGUGUUAACCGGCGCCGGGGUCUCCGUGUCGUGCGGAAUACCAGACUUCCGAUCCAGAGAUGGGAUCUAUGCCAGACUUGCCGUCGACUUCCCUGACCUUCCGGAUCCUCAGGCCAUGUUCGACAUCGAGUACUUCAGAAGAGACCCCAGGCCAUUCUUCAAGUUUGCCAAGGAGAUCUACCCUGGGCAGUUCCAGCCAUCUCCGUGCCACAGGUUCAUCGCUAUGCUCGAUAAGCAGGGCAAGCUACUGCGAAAUUACACACAGAACAUCGAUACGCUGGAGCAGGUGGCUGGCGUGCAGCGCAUCAUCCAGUGCCAUGGUUCCUUUGCUACAGCUUCCUGUCUCAUCUGCAAACACAGGGUGGACUGCGAGGCCAUCAGAGAAGACAUCUUCAAUCAGGUGGUACCACACUGCCCGAAAUGCCCUGGCUUCCCGUUGGCCAUCAUGAAGCCCGACAUCGUAUUCUUUGGGGAGAAUCUUCCGGAACACUUUCACAGGGCGAUGAAGCAGGAUAAAGAUGAGGUGGACCUACUCAUCGUCAUCGGCUCAUCUCUCAAAGUGCGGCCAGUGGCACUCAUCCCCAGUUCCAUUCCACACGAAGUGCCUCAGAUCCUGAUCAACCGCGAGCAGCUGCCGCACCUCGACUUCGACGUGGAACUGCUGGGAGACUGUGAUGUCAUCAUCAAUGAGCUGUGCCACCGGCUGGGCGGGGACUAUAAGCAGCUGUGCUAUAACCCGCAGAGACUGAGCGAGAUCACGGAGAAGCCGCCGCGGCCCCCCGACAGCCCAGCGCGUGAGCCUGAGGAGGAGGCCGGACCCCUGCAGGCAUCCGACGGAGUUGCUCCGGAAAGUCACAUGGAUGUAGCGGCAGGCGUCCGGACGCCGGCGGACGGCAGCCCCGUGGCGAGGAUACUGCCCCCUGCUGAUGAGGACAGUGAGCGGCCAGAGCACUCUCCAAAUCCCGGGGAGAAGAGCAGAUAUCCCGGUGCCGAGCUUCGGAGGAGACGCUGGGCAGCCAGAUCGAGUGGGAGCUCCAUUAGCAAGCGGCUAGAUGCCUGCCAGUACCUAUUCCAAGCCCCCAAUCACUACAUCUUCCACGGCGCUGAGGUGUACUCGAACUCUGAGGACGAGACGUCCAGCUCGUGCGGCAGCGUGAGUGACGGCUCAUGCUGCAGCGCGGACGGGCCGGCCAGCGAUGGGGAGGGCUCCUGCUCUCCAGCAAUGCCCGUGGGGGCCGAGAGCGCCGAGGACUGCCUCAGAGACACUGUGCCACACAAGCGGGAGGCUGUGGAGGACGGGCGGGAGGCCCCUGCGGACAGUUCUGCAGAGGCUGUCCACAGCACCUCGCACUUCUGAAGCCCAUUAAACCUUUUUUUUUUUUUUUUUUUUUAAAAAAGAAAACUGCAAUGUUUUGAGGCGCUAAGCAGUCUUUGCUAUAUUCAAAGCAAGUUCCCCACGUUCUUUUUGCAUCCCAUACAUCUGGACGCCGUGCUGAACCUCUCCCCCUCCCCCCCCCACGGUACGCCCGAGUCUUUCAUCAUCCCUGGUGGUCUCACACUGCUGGAUGUGAAAACGAUUGUUCUGAACACGCUGGACCGAUUUUAAUAUUUAGUGGCUAAAACAAAGCGGGGCAAAUGGAUCAGAUGUAGGCUAUGAAAAGGGAUCAGCGAAGGUCGACCAAAGAAGAGUCCGUCUCCGUAGCGUUAGCGUUAGCCGCCACGAGCUUCACAUGCUUCUGCUCUGACCUUUUUACUACAUGCCUGUAAGAUACAUUAAACUGAACACUGGCAUUUUGUCCUGAA